AUGACUCCAUCGUCCACAGAGGCCGCAGGAGGAAAAGGGAGGAAGUGCUUCCGGAAGUGGUAUUUGACCCCAGAUUUGUCAAAGAUGGUGGCCGUUCCAGCAGCAGCACCCCCGGUGUGCCAGCCCAAGGGUGCCACUAGCGGGCACCACGCGGCCCCGCGCCUGUCCGUCUCCUCCCGAGCCACGGUGGUAGCCAGAAUGGAAGGCGCCCCCCAGGGGGGCCUGCAGACCGUCAUGAAGUGGAAAACGGUCGUUGCCAUCUUUGUGGUCGUGGUGGUCUACCUCGUCACGGGCGGUCUGGUCUUCCGGGCGCUGGAACAGCCCUUCGAGAGCAGCCAGAAGAACACCAUCGCCUUGGAGAAGGCAGAAUUCCUGCGGGAUCAUAUCUGCGUGAGCCCACAGGAGCUGGAGACACUGAUCCAGCAUGCCCUUGACGCUGAUAAUGCAGGAGUAAGUCCAAUAGGAAACUCUUCCAACAACAGCAGUCACUGGGACCUUGGAAGUGCCUUUUUCUUUGCUGGAACUGUCAUCACCACCAUAGGGUAUGGGAAUAUUGCUCCGAGCACUGAAGGAGGCAAAAUCUUUUGUAUUUUGUAUGCCAUCUUUGGAAUUCCACUUUUUGGUUUCUUAUUGGCUGGAAUUGGAGACCAACUGGGAACCAUCUUUGGGAAAAGCAUUGCAAGAGUGGAGAAGGUCUUUCGAAAAAAGCAAGUGAGCCAGACCAAGAUCCGGGUCAUCUCAACCAUCCUGUUCAUCUUGGCCGGCUGUAUUGUAUUUGUGACGAUCCCUGCUGUCAUUUUCAAAUAUAUCGAGGGGUGGACAGCCUUGGAGUCCAUUUACUUUGUGGUGGUCACUCUCACCACAGUAGGCUUUGGUGAUUUUGUGGCAGGGGGAAACGCUGGGAUCAAUUACCGGGAGUGGUAUAAGCCCCUAGUGUGGUUUUGGAUCCUUGUUGGCCUUGCCUACUUUGCAGCCGUCCUCAGUAUGAUCGGAGAUUGGCUACGGGUUCUAUCCAAAAAGACAAAAGAAGAGGUCGGUGAAAUCAAGGCCCACGCGGCCGAGUGGAAGGCCAACGUGACGGCCGAGUUCCGGGAGACACGGCGGCGGCUCAGCGUGGAAAUCCACGACAAGCUGCAGCGGGCGGCCACCAUCCGCAGCAUGGAGCGCCGGCGCCUGGGCCUGGACCAGAGGGCCCACUCGCUGGACAUGUUGUCCCCCGAGAAGCGCUCCGUCUUCGCCGCCCUGGACACGGGCCGCUUCAAGGCCUCAUCCCAGGAGAGCAUCAACAACCGGCCCAACAACCUGCGCCUGAAGGGGUCGGAGCAGCUCAACAAACACGGGCAGGGCGCCUCGGAAGACAACAUCAUCAACAAGUUCGGGUCCACCUCCAAGCUCACCAAGAGGAAAAACAAGGACCUCAAAAAGACCUUGCCCGAGGACGUCCACAAAAUCUACAAGACCUUCCGGAAUUACUCCCUGGACGAAGAGAAGAAGGAGGAGGAGACGGAGAAGAUGUGCAACUCGGACCACUCCAGCACGGCCAUGCUGACUGAGUGCAUCCAGCAGCAGGCCGGGAUGGAGAACGGGCUGGUCCCCACGGACACCAGAGACCAGGAACUCGAGAACAACGCAUUACUUGAAGAGAGAAACUAA